CUAACCAAAUGGAAGAGGACUUUGAGGAUGAAGAAGAAGAUUUUGAAGAUGAACAAACCGAGGAAGAGGAGCAUGAGGCUGAGGAAGAUUAAAAUACAACAUGCAUAUUUAUGAAUGCUAAUAUAACUAAUUUUAGAUUUAUAAAUUAUAAUUGUGCAGACAUGAGAAAGAGCAAAGGGAAAGCAACAGCUAUGGCCAAGAAAAAAGGGAAACCAAGAGGUAAUGGAAAAGCAGCUUUAAUACUGGCUGCUACUCAAGUUCCUCCUCAACCUCCUAGGUUGCCUGAGCGUGUCGAGGAAUGUCAUGAUGAUGAUGAUUACAUUCCUGAUGGGGACAUGAUUGAAGAGAUGGAUACAAAUGAAGAAAUAAAUGAUGAAGAAAUGAAUGGUGCAGUGCAAAAUCAUGAGGAUACAAUGAAUGAGGAUCAGAUGAAUGAUGAACUUGGGAUUGAUCCAAGACAGAGCAAUGGCCGAGAGCCAACCCUUAAAGCCCCUGCUGAUGCAAAUGAAAAAGUGAUUGUUAGGUGCACAAGAGGAAUGUAUGAAAAUAUCACGUUCUUCUAUCACUAAUUUGAAUUUAUGUGUUU